AUGACCGUCGCUAUUGCGUGUUGCUCUAAGCAGGGAUUUCAGGAGAAUAAAGGGCCCUUUGCUCCUGGUAUUCUCUGGCAUCUGAGCCCUGGAUCCUCCCGCUACGCUCAUGCCCUGGGGCUCCCCUGCGCUGGGUGCUCCCAGCGCUUCUCAGGAGGUCUGAGAAGCGGCUACUGGGGGACAACUCCCCAUACAGAGUGCAGUGGCGUGUGCUUCUUCAGGCUGGGUGAUCUGCAAGCAGAGACGGAGCUUCAGCUUUAUGGCCCUGGACUAGCUUCGCUGGGCUUCCCAGAUGCUGUUCUCCAGCCACUGUUUGCCACCAGAGUGUGCUGCGUCGCUCCAGCCGAUCGCCAGGGGCUGUGGGGCCCAGCACCGACCGCCUAUAACUCUCCAAGGUUCACACUGACCCUUCCCAGGGGACGUCUGAACUGUAACAGGACCAAGGACACUCCUACCUGGGCGACAGCAGAUGAAGGCAACCCAUACCCUGUGUCUGAGGAGCUCACUGCCUCCUGGGAGGGAAGAGACCACAACUGGCACCUGAGUGUCCCGUGGAUAUGGACAACAUGGCACCAGAAAUGCAGAAAUGCAAAUCAGGCGCUAGCAACAGCAUCACGGCCUGCUCCUGGGCCUCCUGAUGGGCUCCUGUCUCACUGCUCCCUCCUGCUUGUGGUGUUGGCUUGGUGUCUGUGGCCUUCUUUGAGGGAUGUUUUCUUUCUUUCAGGCACUUUUCCUGUUUCUCUUUUUGCCCAGGCUGAGCUUUCUUCGGGGUAAAUGCUUCACUUCCUCAGCAAGCCCCGAGACCCAGGCAUCCCAGUCCUGGGGACUCACCUGAAGCUCACCUGCGGCUCACCUGCCGCACAUCCGUUCCCAUCCUCUCCUACACUCAGCUCCCACCAGAUCAGAGCAGCUGCUGCCUUUGGUGUCUGGGCCUGCUCUGAUCUGCAUAUGGACAUCUGUUUUCCAGAAGAUCACUGUCCGGGCUAUGGUGGCUGGACGUGGGAUUGACAGGCACAGAGAAAUCCUGCCAGUAGAAAUCAUAAUAGUAAUUAGUAGUCAGGAUGAUAAUUAUCUAGCUGCAGAGGCAAUACACUUGAAAGAAUAUCCUUUGACUGUAUAUUUUAUUUUUAAAUGUUCUAAAUGGAGUGGGAAGAUUGGGCUUUUGAAGAUAUUAAAGAAACCCGAAAAGGACUGGUCUGAUCGAUGUUGAUUUCACUCACCGUAAUGACUAUGUGGUUCCUAAACUUGGCAGCGUUGGAAUUUCUGGACAAUUUUUUCUUAAGUGGUUGAAAAGAAAAGUGGAAAUGGGGCGAAUGGAAUGAUGACAUGGUGGGACAUCUCCAGGUGGGCGCCACCUGGCCAUUCCUGGCUCUGCCCUUCUCAGGUUUUAAGGAUUCACGCAGACUGUGCAAGGGAUUUAAGACAUGUCAGCCAUGAACGUUGGUUACGGUGCACAUCUGGCUCGAGGUCUGAGCUCCCACCCACAGCCCGGGUAUCUUCCUGGUUGUGGGGACCAGCAUCCACCUUCGUCACUAUGGGAUCACAUGGGUGUCCCUCUUUCUCUCCAUAUUCUAGCCACUUUCUCAAAACCUAACAUUUAUUCCAGUCUCCCUUGCACUGAGAUCCUGACAUGUUUAUUGCAGUAAUGCAUUUACCCAAAUGUCCCAUCCAUCCCCAUAGUUUCAGGAGCCCAGCCAGACUUUUUCUAUUUUUAGUGGAGACAGGGUCUUGCUCUUGCGCAGGCUGGUCUUGAACUCCUGAGCUCAAGCAACCCUCCCACUUAGGUCCCCCAGAGUGCUAGGAUUACAGGUGUGAGCUACCUUUCCUAGGGUAGUAAUGAGACCUUAAGGCAGGAUAUCAUUGCUCACUAAUGUUUCCACUUUGUUCAGGGCUAAAGUUCUAUGUACGAAGAGGUUGAAAAAGCACAUGCUUUGGAGUUAGAUACGGUUGUAAAUUCUGGCUCAAUCCCCUGUGAGUCAUGUGACCUUGGAUAUUUUAUUUAACUACUCCAGACUUCACUGCCCUAAUUUAAAAAAAUGGAAAUAAUUUUCACAUGCAAAUGUCUAGCAAACCAGUGCUCGAUGAAUACAAUCACGAAUUCCUCUAUUGACUUACGGUGGUUUCCAGAUCUGUAGUGCCCAGCAGGUUACCACCAGCCAUAUGUGGCUAGUUCAAAUAAAUGUGCUGUUGGUGAAGAGUACACUAGGUUUUGAAGUUUUGAUAUAAAAAAGUGCAAAAUAUUUAAUCUUAAAAUACUGAUGGCAAGACAAUUUGUAUAUACUUGAGUAAAUAUAAUAUUAAAAUUAAUUUUACUCAUUUCUUUUUAUGUUUUUCAUGUGGCCACUUAAAAAGUUUAAAACUACAUACAAGGCUCAUGUUUAUGGUCGUGUCAUAUUUUUGUUGGAUAGUGCUAGUCAAUAUUACUAGACACCUCAGCUAGUUUUAAGACACCUGUUGGGUGAGGAUGUCUGUAUACAAUUUGACCAUUUGUGGGAGGCAGGGAUUUCUAGUGCCCUCCCACAUCCAUUUCUCUUCCGCCUGACACAUGGGAGGACGGCAAUUCCAUGCCAUACCAUGAAGCUAGGUUGAGCCCAUGUUGUGAGAGGAAUGAGCAGGUUCCUUCCGAGUGAGCAUUUAAAUUACUUGUGAGAACUUGCAUCACACCUGCAUCUUCUGGUGUGUUGACUGAAGAGCUGAAGACUCUUGGCCUGGACUGUUGAGUCACCUCAUGGAGUGUAGAUGGUCUGGAAAGUUGCCCAGAUAUAUGGCGGAAUGUGUGUAAAUAAAAAAUCAACCAUUGUUGUGUUAAGCCAUUAACGUUUGUAGUUUUUGUUGCAGCAGCAUAACCCAUCUU